UGCUGACGUCAGAAGAUAACGGUCACGCUGCGUCGAUGCGCGCGCCGGCCAGGUGCUGCGCGCUCACAGUAGCCUACAGAUGAUACAGCGCGCGCACCUGCUUUAUUCAGAGACGUAGAAAUAAGAGGAAGGCGGGGGGGGGGGGGGGGGUCUGGAAAACCUUCUUUCUCCUUCUCUCUCUCUCUCUCUCUCUCUCUCUCUCUCUCUAUCACGCACGCGGGCGCACACCAGCACACGGACACGCGCGCGCACUCAGAAAGCUAACGGUCACACCCACCCGGACUCCCACAAAAAUUCUCUAGAUCUCUAAAAGAAAAUGGCUUCCGGAGGUUUGGGAGAGAGCACACUCAUCCAGCUCGGGCUGAUCAAUGCAGAAGACAAGUAUUUAACCGCGGAGGCGUUCGGUUUCAAAGUGAACGCGUGCGCCACGUCCAUGCGUAAGAAGCAGGUGUGGACGCUGGAGCACGCGGACCAGGCGGGAGACUCCAGCUCGGUCCUCCUGCGCAGUCACCUGGGUCGCUAUCUGUCCUCCGACAAGGACGGCAACGUGACGGCGGAGUGCGAGCGACCCUCCCCGGACUGCCGCUUCUGCGUGGUGGCGCACGCCGACGGACGCUGGUCUCUGCGCUCCGAGGCGCAUGGCCGCUACCUGGGAGGCGCCGAGGACCGCGUGGUGUGCUCCGCGACCGACGAGAAGUGGUGCGUGCACCUCGCCAUGCACCCGCAGGUCAACCUGUACAGCGUGGCGCGCAAGCGCUACCUGCACGCACACCCCGGGCGCGGCGAGCUCGCGGCGGACCGCGAUGCACCCUGGGGCGUGGGCUCCGUGCUCACCCUGGUGUACCGAGAGCGCCGCUACCACCUGCAGACAGCCGACGGCCGCUUCCUCGCGAGCACCGGCGCGCUGGUCACUGAGCCGCGCGACGACACCGGAUUCACGCUUGAGUUCCGCGCGGGCACGGUGGCGUUCCGGGACGCCGCGGGGAGAUACCUGGCGCCCUCCGGCCCGAGCGGCGCGGUCAAGGCGGGUAAAAGCGUCCGCGUGGGUAAAGACGAGGCGCUCGUGCUGGAAAGAAGCCGCGGACAGGUGGUGCUCACCGCCAGCAACGACAGGAACGUGUCCACGCGCCAGGGCGUAGAUCUGUCAGCCAAUCAGGAUGAAGAGUCGGAUCAGGAAGUCUUCCAGAUGGAGGUGGACCAGGAGACGAAGCGCUGUGCUUUCAGGGCCUGCAAUGGGAAAUACUGGAGUCUCACUCCGAGUGGAGCGAUCCAGUGCACUGCGUCUGAAAAAUCAGCCAGCUGCUUCUUUGAGUUGGAGUGGAAAGGAGCGAAGAUCACUCUCAAGGCCAGUAACGGCAAGUACUUAGCAGCCAAGAAGAACGGCCAGCUGGCGGCCUCCGUGGACUCUGCAGGUGAACAGGAGGAGUUUGUUUUGAAGCUCAUUAAUCGGCCGUUAAUAGUCCUGCGUGGGGAAGACGGCUUCAUCGGUUGUCGUAAGCAAGGCACCGGAACCCUGGACUCCAACCGUUCUUCCUACGACGUCUUCCAGUUGGAGUACAACAACAACGCAUACGGUCUCCGAGACUCGACAGGGAAGUACUGGAUGGUGGAGGCCAACGGUGUAGUCGUGAGCAGCAGCGCCACUCCUGUCUACUUCCUGUUUGAGUUCUGUGAUUAUAACAGAGUGGCCAUUAAGACACAACAAGGCCUUUAUCUGAAGGGAGACCAUGCUGGGGUGUUGAAGGCUAAUGCGCAGGGUAUCGCUAAUGCUACGCUGUGGGAGUACUAAUACAUACCUGAGUGUGAAAGUAGCUUAACCUACACUCACACUAGCAAGUGACUACUCAGUUUCUACACACGUCCGUGACAGAUUUCAACUUUAGUUCCUACCUGCAGUUAGUUCCCAUUGACAGUUUCAAAAACGGAAGUUAGCCGGCUUUGCUAAUCUAAUCUAAGAAUGAAGCUAGUCCAAGGCUGAGCACGUAACACGUAACUCCAAAAAGUCGUUUUUGUUCAACUAGAUAGCGCUAUAUAUAGAAAAUAAAAUGCUGGACAGGCCCCGCCCACAAACGACGACAGUAGCAGUCACCACACACCCAUAAAAGACAAACUACAAGCAACACUUGUCACUUGCUAGUGUGAACGUACGGUUACAGCCUUCUGCUAUCUUGUCAUGCGAACUAUUUCAGAACCAAGGACGCUAUAAGUACAAACUAUGCUACGUAAUGUGAAUACAAAGCUCAAAGCAACCAAAUUAGCACAUUAAAAAAAAAAAGCACGUUGCACACGAAACCAAGACAAACCGCACACUAAGACGUUUCUGUAUUAGAUAACUAGCGAGGAAAAAUCGUUCUUAUUAGCUACGCGUCGUCUGAAAGCUCAUACUGAAAACUCAUAUCGUCAGCGUUAGUAAUUUUGUAAAAUAGAAACAUGGGUGUUAGAGGAGUGUAACACCAUUAUGUUACGCUCUGUGUCUGAAAUGGGCGUGGCCUAAAUGGAAGUAGUUUUUUUUUUUUUUUUUUUUUUUUCAUUUUUUAAAAGAUGAAGCCUACAAGUACGCCAACUGGAAAACAGUGUAAGAAUGUAGAAAUGCAAACAGUUCCUCAAGCUCAGCUACAUCACUCCAGUUCAUUCUUUAUCCAGUGAUGGGUGGAACGCAAUCCCGUAUGCUCGCAAUGCUUUAUGGGUAACAGGCACAGAUCCUCAGCCACUAGGAACAGCACUGUAAGUGUUAACAGACGUGGAUGAUGAUGGUUAGUGUAAUCAGCAGCUUGUCCUUCAGAGAUGAGGACUGUGUCCUGAACCAGAAACAUUUUUAGCGUGAACGGCGGCUGCCGUAAUGAGGUCGUGUUUUAAAUAGCAGCGCUGAGACUUAGAAAGUUCUAGAAGAACCACUGCUGCUCACCUGCGCUUUCCUGAUGACAUUUACGUCCCUUCACGCACAAAUCCCACCUUUGAUUUGUUUAUCAGAUACACGAGGCACGUGUAGCCUCUUAAAAGAAAGAUUCAUCUCGAACCCGUUUGCAAUCGAAUUCUGAGUUGAUGUUUGUGGUUUAAUCCGGUUGGCGUAACGGUUUCCCACAUUACCCACAAUGCUGUUCUGAUAGCGGCUCAAUGGGAUUUAGCCCUAGCUUCAUCUCUAGCUAAAGAGAGCGAUGCAGCGGCGCUUUAGUGAUUUCGUUUGUCCAGCUGUCUCAUGUCCUGUGAGAUAUAUACACUCUGCUCAAACACAUCCCCUUCCGACGCUUCAACUUUAACGCGCUCGUCAUCUCGUACAUCGUUAACGAGUCUAACGUCGCCGCCUCCGUUGCGUCGACGCCGGACGAUCCUGAACGUUGCUUCGGAAAAUGUUGUCGGUUUCAGGAGAUGAAAGCGAGAUAUGACCGUUUGAGAUCGCUUCAUUUUUUUCUGCUAUUAAACGUCGUCGUAACCGCGCUAGCUAUGGCACUAACAAUAACGACGUGACGUCAUCACGACCGCUAACUUCUCACAGGAAUAACAAAGAAUAAAAAAAAAUUAAACAACAACAGCACCAACCAAAAUACAAGUUAGCAUCAGAAUCACAAAUAUUUCCAUAUAAACAUAUUUAAAGUGGAGUGGAGUGGAGUUUAAGCUUUGGUUUAAUUUGCACUGCUGUGUCUAAAAGCUUUAAUCUGGUUUGAAUGUACGUGAGGAAAAGUGAUCGGUGCCUUUCUUAUGUAAGAAAGUAGUAUAGAAAUGCUCGGGUUUUCUGUCUUCGUGUGCUCUUUGUAAAGUCAAAGACAAAUAAAGCUGGAGUCCAACUCAAAACAAGCUCUCGGUGUGCUUUUUGUGUCGUCAAAGAUUCAUUUGUGAAUGUUAAGACUCAGCGACUUCAUUCGAGCUAACAAGCUAACAAGGCCGUGUUAAAAACAGUCCGUUUGAGCUAGUAUGCUAAGUGUCACUAGGUCUUGUUUGAAUUACAGAUUAGCAUGCUAACAUGACAGUGUUCUCUCUCACUCUCUCUCUCACUCACACAUACACACACACACACUCUCUCUCUCUCUUUCUCUCCUUGUUCAGAUUUAUGACUUUUUGAUAAAGUGUUUCCAUGGAAACAGCAAGUGCAAAGUCACCAAAGUUGUGGGUGAGAAAGUAAGGGUUUGCAUAACAAAAUGGACGCACACACACA